AAUACUCGUGCACGCCACCGAUACAGCAGCUGUUUGUAUUGUGUCAGUGUCUUCUAUUGUUAAUCACACGUAAUUUUAGUGCUAUUUAAACAUCGGUAAUAGGUAAGCUUUUAUUAAAAAUCGUUCAAUGAAAACGGCAGUCUCGUGUUGAGCAUCGAAAAUGAAAGUCAAUAUUCAAUGUCUGUACAUAAAAAUUUAAUGCGAAUUGCAAAUUCUAACGUAAAAUUUAAUUCAAAGUAAAUCGGUACGCAAAAUGUGACAGUUGAACAAAAACAAAAAUAAAACAACACCAUAAGUCGCCCAUAAUCACAACCCCUCUAUGUAUGAUAAACAAACCCCUAAAUGGAUUUAGAAAAACACUCACGCUCUCGGCGCUCUUAUGGGACAAAUAGCGUCAAUGGUGACUCUUUUCAGGGAGGCACUCAAUCGCUUGACGGCCACAGCAAGCACACAGCCACCAGCGAAAGCAAUGCGAGCGCGUCCAAAUAGUAUAUUCGUUCCUGUCGCAGCUGCUGAAUGCGCAUGCAGGGCUAAGUAGUCUGCUAGUCUCUGCCGGUGCUACUGCCGGUUGUGUGCUGAGGCUCGUUAGUGGCGGCCAACGCGAAUGCGGGCGUGAGCAAAAGCAAAUUGCUGAGUGAAUAGUGCACAUUAACGGUGUGCACUUUUUGUUUUCAUUUUAAUCCCAACUAUGCAUGCAGGGCCAAUGCGGCGCUAAACGCGAUAAUUCGUUCGUUUGUGACUAAGCAAGAGGAAUUGAUUAAUUUGUUGCCAUUUUUUGCUACAGUAUAUUCCAAACAAGAUUGCUAUUUGAAUUAAGUUGAAAUAUCGAUGAAGUGGAAAAUGACAGCUAAAGUGAAUUCAAAUGAAAAUAAUUGUGUAUGCAAGAUUAAUAGGUGAUAGUAGUGGCUGAAAAUUAUGGAACGUGUGUGGCGUAUACACACAAACAUACAUAUGUACAUAUAUACUUUCAUAAAGUAUAUGCACUAGAAGUGUAGGAAAUGCAAUGAAAAUAGUCAACUACAGAAAUGUGUUAAAAAUAAGUACGUGCUUGUUUAUCAAUAAACAUACAUAUGUAUGAAUGCAUAUAUUCUUUAUAGUGAGUUGUGAAAAAAAUGCCAAUAAGCAAAUAUUGCGUGAGAAAAGUACGAGUGGACUUUGAGUAUAACGCGCUGUUAACGGUACCAUGAAAGUGUUGUGAAGGUGAAUGAAAAGAUUUGCAUAGCUUUCCAGGAAUUUAUAAAUAUUGCAAAUAAGAUAAUGUGAAAGCAUGGAACAGUUGUAGUUCACAGAACCUAACCAAAGAACCUAAAGUCGUUAUUUAAUAAGGAAUCGCCGUGAUAUUUUAGAAGAUAAGGGAACGUCAGAAAUAUCCCUACAUAUAUACAUACAUAUUAAGUUAAGGAAAUAGAUUUUAAGUCAAACAAAUGACUGUCAACGGGCUGAGGACGCUCGUGCUAACUGAUGGAUCUCGAUCGAAUCGACGCUCGUUGGUUUCCCUCAUCGUCGGCCUGGUCGUCGGUUUUUGCCUCGCCGAAAUGUUUAUACUAUCGACGCCGGCGCGUCACGAAUAUCUGCCAUAUGCGGGUCAUCAACAUGGCGAUGCCAACGAUGCACACAACAGCCACGACAUGCUUGGUGAGGAGGGGCCGGAAGCGGAUAUUGGAGCUCACCAACAUGCUUAUGAAAAUACCAGCAUAGCGACGAAAUUGCAUAAUGAGGUGCGUGUAUUGUGUUGGAUCAUGACAAACCCGAAAAAUCACAAAACAAAAGCUCGUCAUGUAAAGAGAACAUGGGGCAAACGCUGCAAUAAACUGGUGUUUAUGAGCUCUGAGAAGGAUGAAGAAUUGGGUUCGGUGGCGUUGCCAGUGCAGGAGGGUCGCAACAAUUUGUGGGCGAAAACAAAGGAGGCAUUCAAAUAUUUAUACGCUCACCAUUUAGACGAUGCGGAUUGGUUCUUCAAAGCAGACGACGACACCUAUGCGAUUAUGGAAAAUAUGCGGUAUUUGCUGUAUCCGUACUCACCGGAGACACCCAUAUACUUUGGCUGCAAAUUCAAACCAUUUGUGAAACAGGGUUAUAUGUCCGGUGGCGCUGGCUACGUACUCAGUAAAGAGGCGGUACGUCGAUUUGUCGAGAAAGCCAUACCGAAUAAGGAUUUCUGCAAGCAGGACAAUAGCGGCGCUGAAGAUGCUGAAAUCGGCAAAUGUUUGGCGAAGGUAAAUGUAAUCGCUGGCGAUUCACGUGACGAACACGCGCGUGGCCGUUUCUUCCCAUUUGUGCCGGAGCAUCAUUUAAUACCAUCACAUACCAAUAAAGAUUUCUGGUACUGGCGUUAUAUCUAUUAUAAAACGGAUGAGGGUUUAGAUUGCUGUUCGGAUAGGGCGAUAUCUUUCCAUUACGUAACACCAAACCAAAUGUAUGUCUUAGACUAUUUGAUAUAUCACUUACGACCGUACGGUAUUAUCAACACACCGGAAUCGCUGCCCGAACGUCUGAAAGUGGGCGAGACGUUGCCACCGCCAGUCGAACACACAACCGCCGCUAUUCAAGCUGAGAAGGCGACAACAUGAGCGGGGGCUUAGUUACGUGUUGGUAUAUAAAUAUGAAAGGAAUAUGUAUGUAUAUUUGUAUUUAUGUUGACAGCUUUGUAAAUAUUGGUUUCCCCUCUGUGUGGACUAAUUUCGUAUAUACGUAAAUACGUAUUUGCCAUAGCCAGUAGCUGCUACAUUAAAUUUUUUUACCAAAAACAUUUGCGUUGCAAUGCUUUCGAUCUGUACAAAGGAAAUAACUCUCAAAAUAAUUCCAAAUUGUACUCGUAUUAUUUAGAUAGCUUUUAAAAUUAAGUUAGUAUAAGUAGAAUAGUUUUCUUAAUAUUAAUUUUUAUAAGAAGAUAUACUAUUUUAUUUAAUAUUUAUAAACAAUGGUUCUAUAAACUAUGCAUUUGAUAAUAGCACUGAAAAUAUUGAAGUUAAAAACCGAAAAAAAAUAAAAAUUAAACUUUAAAUAAGAAAUUUGCGGUUGAAUAGAGAAAUGUUAAAUCUUAAUAAAAGGGUUAUGUUUAAUUUUACAAGUUUGAAUUGCAUAUCUGAAUACGUAAAAGAUUUUAGAAAACUUAUAGUUAAACCAUAAUUAAAAAAGAAGUGUUAAAUUAAUAAAACGUUUUACACUUUCAGUUGAUAUAUUUCUGAAAUAUGUUUUAGCAAGAACGUAAACAGAAAGCUCAAAAUACCAAAAAAAAAAGUAUAUAUUAUAUUAAUAUUAAAGUAUAGAAAUACAUCUCUGAACUAUAUGUAGCGCAUAAAACCAAAGAAUUCAUGUAUGUAUUAUUAAAAAGAAUACGUAUUAGAAAAAACUAAAUACUACUAAAUAAAAUACUACUUAGCGCCUACAAAAAAAUCAAAUUUAAUUAUAAACUUGAAAAUUAUAAUUUUUUUUUAUAUUUUUUUUUACAAUAAUAUUUAUAUUUUUUUCUUCAAUAUUUUACUAAAACUUUUCAGUAAUAAAAUGUAGGCAAAAUAUUAUAUACUACUUAUGGUAUACGUACAUAUGUAAAUCUUAGGAUAGUUGCCAUUUUCAUAUAAAUACUUAAUAUUGGUAUAAAUGAAAUGCGAGCGAAAUGAAAGACAAGCACAAAAUGCGCAAAUACUAAAUUAAUAUAGUGAAAUUGAAAAUUUACUAAAAUAUACGAAUAUAUGAAUUUAAAGAAUUAAAA